AUGAUAUUGAAGACUGUGAUUAUAGCGACGUUGUUAAAUUUGGGCCUUGUAAAUGGGUUGGAAUGUGGUAAACAUGACAUUUUGAAAAAAUACAGGUUGAAUCCUGGUGCUAUAACUGGCUCUGUUGAAAGAGAUACUCCUCCCAGUAAAACUAAAGAAGAAUGGUGGUUUGAUCCAUGUGAAGAUUCUGGAGUUACUGUUCCAUCUGGAUGUGAUGAGAAAGACACAUUGUGUGGGGUGACCUAUGUGACAUUACCUGGAAAGGAUGCAUUAUUGACACAGGCAAUUGAUUUCUCUCGAGAAAUUAAUAAUGCUGUGGAGGAGAUUGAUGGCAAGCUACGUGUGAGUCUGUUGGGCUCGAAAUGGGGUGCUGACACUUUUAACGCACAGAUUGAUUUUGAGUGUGAUACAAAUAUGAAGAACGAUGAGAUUACUUCCAAUACGUGGCAAGAUAAACAAAUUCGUUUGAACGUCAAGGGUCCUUCUGGAUGCUUGAAAGAUGAUAAUGGUGGAAAUGACGAUAAAGCUCCCUCUGGUAAACAUCCUCAAGACGAUAAAAAGGAUAAGAAAAAGGGAACUUCUUGGUUUACAUGGCUGCUGACCUAUGCUAUGUUGUUUACAUUGAUCUAUCUGAUAGUAACGGCCUAUGUUAACACCAGAGGUGGAUCUUAUCAGGAUUUCCGUGAAGAGUUUAUAGAACGCCUAAUGCAAUUGGUUACAUCACUACCAGCUUUCGUUAAGGAAGUCACAUCCAAGAUCUUUGGUGGUAGCUCUUCUCAUAGAGGUGGGUAUAGUGCUGUGUGA